AUGGAUCAACCUCUGCUUCAAAGAGAUACGGGGAGAGGUUGUUGCUCCUGCAGAAUGCUAAAGCAAUGGCUGCCCAUACUCUCUUGGCUACCCAAGUACAACUUUAAAUGGCUUCAGAUGGAUCUCCUUGCUGGCCUCACUGUCGGGCUUACAACUGUCCCGCAGGUCUUGGCCUAUGCAGAAGUAGCAGGCCUUCCUGUGGAGUAUGGGCUCUACUCUGCCUUCAUGGGAGGCUUCAUCUACGCCCUGCUCGGGACAUCUAAGGACGUGACGCUGGGUCCCACCGCCAUCAUGUCGCUACUUUGCUUCUCGUUGGUGGGGGGUGAGCCCCGCCGUGCCGUUCUGCUUAGCCUCCUGUGUGGAGUCAUCCAGGCUGCACUGGCAUUACUGAGAUUAGGCUUCCUCUUAGACUUCAUCUCAUUCCCCGUUAUAAAAGGCUUCACUUGUGCUGCGGCAAUUACCAUUGGUUUUGGCCAGGUGAAGAAUAUCCUGGGACUCCGCGAUAUUCCCCACGAGUUCUUCCCUCAACUUUACUUCACAUUCUACAAGAUCUCAGAGGCCCGAAUAGGCGAUGUGGUCCUUGGUGUGCUAUGUAUAGCGUUGCUUGUGAUGUUGAUGACAAUGAAGGCAAGUCUAGGAUCUGACAAUGAUGCUACCAGGUUCUCCAUUGCGGCUAGAAAAUUUGUGUGGGCUGUUUCUACAAUGCGUAACGCCCUCAUAGUCAUAGCCGCAUCUUUUUGCGCUUUUUCCUGGGAGGCCUUUGGCCACCAUGUCUUCACAAUCACUGGGGAAACCUCCCAGGGUCUGCCACCUUUCAGUCUGCCGCCUACUACAGACACCACAGAGAAUGGCACUGUGGUAACGUUUGGAGAGAUUGUAGAGGGCUUUGGGGGAGGUCUUGCUGUGAUUCCUUUCAUGGGACUGCUGGAGAGCAUUGCAAUUGCAAAAGCAUUUGCCAGGCAGAACAAUUACAGAAUAGAUGCCAACCAGGAACUGUUAGCAAUUGGUGUGACCAACAUCAUGGGCUCCUUUGUGUCAGCCUACCCUGUCACUGGCAGUUUUGGAAGGACUGCAGUGAAUUCUCAGACUGGGGUUUGUAGUCCAGCUGGAGGGAUUGUCACAAGUGUGAUAGUGUUGCUCUCUUUGGCGCUUCUCAUGCCAGCCUUUUACUACAUCCCAAAAGCUUCUCUUGCUGCUGUUAUCAUUUGUGCGGUCGCUCCCAUGGUUGACUAUCAUGCCGUGGCAAAGAUGUGGCAGAUACACAAGCUUGACCUCCUUCCCUUCAUUGUGACAUUCCUGAUGAGUUUCUGGCAGGUUCAGUAUGGAAUCAUAGGAGGUGUAGCUGUAUCUGGAGCAUUACUGAUGUACACGCUGGCUAGGCCUCGAAUAAAGAUGUCUAAUCCAGGUGUACUGCUAAUCCAGUUGGGCAGUGGGCUCAGUUUUCCUGCUGCAGAACAUCUGAGCCACAUCAUACACACUGAAGCGCUACAGGUGUCUCCUCCACGGUCAGUAGUAUUGGAUUGCCAUCAUGUCAGUGUGAUAGAUUACACAGUGAUCAAUGAGUUGAGCGACUUGCUGAGGCAAUUCAAACACCAAGAUCUGCUUCUGAUCCUUUCCAGAUUGCAGCCAAAUGUCUUAGAGAUUCUUUUAGCCGCGGAUCUGGAGGACUUUAGAUAUGCUGACACCAUUGAGACAGCACUGCAGUGGGUUAAGGAAACCCCGAUAUUUGAUGCAGGACGUGUACAGCCACUCUCUGAGGAGGAGGUUGUUGCUAGGGCACAAUGA